GAGAGAGGCUCGUCUCUCAGUGUUGAUACCGGACCCGCAGUCAACACCGGGACACUUCACUGUAACGUCGAGCGUCACCGAGUUGGGCUGAGUUCUACACUGAGUCCUUUGCUGUGUACUCGAGGAUUCAAGGGAUUGUGGACGCUAUAGUCCUCAUCUGAAGCGUCAUCAUGGCCGACACGGAGCAGAGUCACUUCUCUCUGAUGAGCCUGGAGGAUGAGCUGACCUGCAGCAUUUGUCUCAGUACCUUUGACUGUCCGGUCACCAUCCCCUGCGGACACAACUUCUGCCAGGACUGCCUCCUCACCACCUGGAAGGACUCCUACAGCUGUCCCCAGUGUCGGACCCUCUUCCCCACCAAGCCCGAGCUGAAGAAAAACACGGUCCUCAGCACCGUCGUGGAGACCUUCAACUUGAGGUCGAGCCAGAGUGAAGUGAGCCUGGUCGUAGAGGAGAGCAAAGCCGAGACAGAGGAUGUCAAAGAGGAUGUCAUACGUUGUGAUACGUGCAUGGAGGCAGAGGCGUCCCGGACCUGCCUCACCUGCAUGGCCUCUUUCUGCGAGGAGCACCUGCGGCCUCACCGGGAAAAUCCAACUUUCCGUCUCCACCAGCUGAGCGAGCCUGUGGGCGACCUGUCGGAGCGCAUCUGCCCGGAGCACCACAAGCUGAUGGAGUUCUUCUGCAGCCAGCAUGGCAGAGCAAUCUGCAGCGUGUGCCUGCAGCAAGUCCACAAAGGCUGCUCCUUCAUGUCUCCUGAGGAGCAGAGGAACGCCAAAGAGUCCGACCUGAGAGGCAAGUUGCGUGUGCUGGACGAGAAGAUCAUGAAGAAUCAGAGCGUCAUCUUUCAAAUGAACGACAUGCAGAACAAGCUGAAGGACUCAGCGACCAAUAGGAUGAAAGCUUUGACGGCCGAUUACCAGCAGAUGCGGGAUAUGUUGGCCCGAGAGGAGCGUGAUGCUCUGAAUGCAGUGGGCCACGAGCUGGAGACUGGUCACACCAAACUCAAGGGUCUCGUGCAGAAGUUCACUGAGAACAUCGAUAAUUUGAGCAAAGCUAAAGAAGAUAUCCACCGGCUGCUGAGUCAGUCCCAAACUGUGGCCUUCCUGCAGGCUUCAUUUGACCUGCCCCCAGCCACAAACUUUGAUCCUUAUGCCCUUCGAAUCAACCUGGACUCCAAGAAGGUGAUGGCAACACAGGCCUUUGCUGCAGCCCUGAAGGAGCAUCUGACAGAGGUCCUUAAACAGCCAGUUGAGGCCAGACCACUCAUAAUUAAAGCAGAUGAAAAAGCAGUUCCUGUCUCAGGAGGUAGUGGAUCUCAGCCAGAAUCUGCACUGCCACAGCCUCAAAAGCAGAGAAGAAAGCCCAGGUCACACAGUCCAGGUUGUCCACCCAUCCAGCCAUACUUCCAGCCAUGGAAUCCGUUGUCAUGGAAUCAACCCCCGUAUGUACGGGAGCCACAAUGGGCUCCCAGUCCCUUCAGCACCCACGCUCCAGAACCUCAACCCAAAGCAGAGCCAAAGAAGAAACCUAAAAAAAAUACCAAAAAAGCCCCCCAAUCCACCGAAGACAAUAUGACAAAGAAGAAUCUAGCCAGUUCAGUGGAAAACCUGUUGGAGUGUGGUGCGAAAGACAAACCCAGAGGCCGAAGUCCUGCAGCUGAGUCCAAAGGGAAGCCAGAAACUCCAAACAUUCCACUAGACAUUACAUCUGCUGAGAAAAGAAGCGAACUUCUGAAAUAUGCCACGGUACUCACAUUGGAUCCAAAGACGGCCCACAGCCGUGUCGCCCUGGACGAGGGCUACACUAAGGCCUCUGUGUCAGAUGAGCCAACAAAUUACCCAGACUGCCCUGAACGCUUCGCUGUCUGCUCCCAGGUGCUCGCCUCCAAGGGCUUCUCCAGAGGGCGCCACUACUGGGAAGUCCGACUGAGCAGCAACAACUUCAUUGGCAUAGGCUUGGCUUACGGCAGCAUUGACCGCAAAGGUCCUACCAGUCGACUGGGCCGCAACGCCCAGUCCUGGUGUGUCGAGUGGUUUAACGUAAAGCUGUCAGCUUGGCAUAACAGCAGUGAAACCGUGCUGGUCAAUCCCAAUUCAAAGCGCGUAGGUGUGCUGUUGGAUUGUGAGGAGGGCACUGCUACGUUCUACAACGUGGCAGACAGGGCAUAUCCCCUCCACUCCUUUGUGUUCCCCUUUGCUGAGGCGGUGUAUCCAGCUUUCUGGAUUUUCUCAAGUGGCUCAUCCAUUUCUUUGUGCAAGAUGCAGGCUUGAGGAGCGC